GCUGCGCCUUCCUCUCACUGCAACGAAGUCCGGAACUUUGUAGCAUUACGCUCAUUCUACAAUGUCGUUGGCUGAGGUUGCUAUCGUCGCACCCGCUGUCUCUGCGCUUUCAUACGCCGCUGGAGUAGUCGUUGAAACCGGUAUUGGCUAUAUUCGCCUCCGUAUGAAUGACCCGGAUGAAGCCCUGAAGGAUAUGCGGAACCGGUUGGAUGAGGUCAAGUCUGGCUUGGGAGAACUAGAGUCCAAGCAGCGCGAAAGUGCUAUCUAUCUAUCCGUGUCUAAGACGAACAAGGAGGUCGAUCUGACGAACCUGAAGCUGGAGCUCGAUAGCUGCGAGUACGAUUAUCGCGAGUUCAAGUCAGAGUACUUGGGCUACAGCACGUGGAAAAUGCUCUCUAAAAGAGGUUCCGAGCUGUAUACCGAGAUUAUGAAUCUCUCCACUCGCGUGCGGACGCUCAAUGCAAACUUCCUGAAAACCUCACAGAGAGUAUUGGCAACUCCCGAUGCCAAGAAGAGGUUCCAAGAGCGUCGGGACCGCAUCCUAGAGGAACGGUGGAGAAUUGCGUUCGAGACGGGAAUACCGGAGUUUUGAGGCUAAUGGAACUAACUCGUUUGCCUCUGUUGCCGUCGUGUAGUAGUCUUGUGCUGUACUAUUUUUCUGCACUCAGUCACUCCCGGUCGCGACGGCAUCAAAGGCCACUAUUUAGUGGUAUCUCUGGGGUUCCUGAACAGUUGAUGUACAUAACGACCAUGUUCACGGAGCAAUCUAAUCUGCG